AUGUCUUUGGACGAACUAAAACAACAACGCACCAGCACCAAGAAAAAUAUCACACGAAUUAAAAAUAUCAUCGAUGCUAGCUUACGACCAGGUGGAAAAGUUCUUUCAGUAGCGGAAUACAAAUGUCGUCUAGGCAUCCUGGAGUCAUACUUCAAGCAGAUUCUCUCAAUUCAAACGGACAUCGAAAGAUUGGAUUCUGAGGACGGAGGACGUGCUGACCUGGAAGAACUUUACGUAACAACUAAAUUGGUUAUUCAAUCACAACUGGCAGAAGAUAACAACGUUUCAUUUUCGGAUACAACUUGCGUGGUACAAUCAAGUUCAAAACUUCCACCACUUAAGCUUCCUACGUUUGAUGGCAAGUAUUCGAAUUAUCAAAAUUUUAUUACCUCGUUCAAACAAAUAAUUGAUCACGAGUUCAAUUUAACAAAUAUUGAAAAAUUCAACCAUUUACGAAAUUGUCUCCAAGGUCAAGCCUUAGAAACUGUAAAUGCGUUUCAGGUUACAAACGAAAACUACCCAAAGGCGUUAGAACGAUUGAAGGUACGUUAUGACAACAAACCACUAAUUUUCUUGGAAGGAAUAAAUUCGCUAUUUGAUUUACCUGCAGUUAUGAAACCAAAUGGCAUUCAGCUAAGAAGUUUGAUUGACAAAGCUUCUGCUAUUUAUGGUUCUUUGACAUCACUGGGUAAUGACAGGCAAAUUUCUCAAGCAAUGCUAAUUUACCUAAUAUUGCAGAAGUCUGAUGAACAGACCAACAAAAGGUGGAAGGAGUCGCUAGAUUUCAGAACGCUGCCGUCAUGGGAGGAUUUCAUCGCAGUUUUGGAAAGACACUGCCAAUAUCUGGAGUCACUCGACAACCCGCAUGGUAGUACUUCGCCAGCUCAAGGUUUUAACAAGCACUCCACUCCGAAAUCCUGCUCUACCAUAUCGUGCCAAUUCUGUUUUAACAACAACCACAAGAUUUUUAACUGUGAACGGUUUAAGUCGCUAAACAUAACUCAACGUUUCGAUCAUGCAAAGAAAAUUGGACUUUGCAUCAAUUGCUUAUCAAAGGGACAUCAAGUAGCCAAUUGUUCAUCAUCGCACAGGUGCAAGGUUUGUGCACGACAACACCAUAGUUUACUUCACCGCGGGUCACCUUCAGGCCAACCAACAACUACUCAACUAUUUCCUACACAGGAGGCAGCCGUACAUACUCAUAUGAAUAAUUCAUCGUUGGAUAAUGUAAUCCUUGCAACAGCAAAAAUUUUCGUUCGUGAUUCAACUGGAAGCUAUAGAUUGGGUACAGCGUUGCUAGAUUCGUGUUCGCAAGCCAAUUUCAUCACAGAUAAUUUUUCGCAAAGGUUGCUGCUGCCAAGAAACAAACAAAACAUAGAAAUUCAAAGCAUCGGUUCGUCAUCAACAAAUAUUAAAUUCAAAACUUCAACUAACUUCAAGUCUCAAGUCACCGGUUUCGAGCUUCCAUUAACUUUUUGUAUUACAUCGCACAUUGCUUAUCAACCAGAUCCGGAAAUCAACAUUUCAACAUGGAAUAUUCCAAAAAAUAUAGUACUCGCUGAUGAUGAAUUUAAUAUUCCAAAGAAGAUCGACAUGUUGCUGGGUACGGAAACGUUUUUCAGUCUGCUAUCUGUAGACCAAAUCCAUCUUGGGUCUAAUUUACCUAUCUUGCAAAAAACGCUCUUAGGCUGGAUCGUUUCGGGACGCUAUAAUACCGGCAGUAACAAUAUAUCUAAGCCAUCUUGUUUAUUUUUAGCCAAUGAAUCUUUAGAUGCCAAAUUGGAAAAGUUGUGGAAAUUGGAAGAAGUCACUACCAUCCCAGAGCCUUGGACUCGUGAACAACAGAUUUGUGAUAAUUUAUACAAUACAACCGUGGCAAGAAGACCUUGCGGCAGAAUAGUAGUCAAACUCCCUUUCAAGGAUGAUCCGACGUGCUUGGGUGAGUCAUACACUACGGCAUUGCGACGAUUCAAUGCACAAGAACGUCGAUUAGCCAAAUCACCACAAUUGACAGAACAGUACGUUGAAUUUAUGAACGACUACGAGAGCCUGGGUCAUAUGAGCAUCGUAAGGAAUCCGAAUCUGAGCGAACCGCAUUAUUUUAUACCACAUCACUGCGUUCUUAAACCAACAAGUACAACAACAAGGCUUAGAGUCGUAUUUGACGCCUCCUGUCGAACUACAUCCCAAAAAUCACUAAACGAUAUUCAGAUGGUUGGUCCUACAAUCCAAUGCGAACUUUUUAUGCUUUUUCUUCGUUUCCGAUUCAAUAGGUUUGCACUCACUGCGGACAUAGUCAAGAUGUAUCGGCAAAUACUAAUGCACGAAGAUGAUCGAAAGUUCCAGUACAUUCUGUGGAGGAGUUCACCGACUGAGAAGAUUCGGACAUACCAACUAAAUACUGUAACGUAUGGAAUGGCUGCUGCACCAUAUCUUGCUAUACGGAGUUUGUUGUACCUAGCUGAACAACAUUCAAAACAAUUCCCAAUUGGCGCAAAGAUCGUGAAGUCAUCGUUUUACGUAGACGACUUACUGUGUGGUGCUGACAGUCUAACCGAACUUUCGCAGAUAAGGCAAGAGGUAACACAACUGUGA